AAUUAUAGAAAAUUUUUAGAAUCCUCUAAAAAAAAAUGCUAAAAUGUAUUAAAAUUUUGGAAAUUAGUGUGAAAAACUUAAAAUUUACUACUAAUAAUAUAACGUAAAUGAGAUAAUUUCUUAAAACAAUAAAUUAUUGGAAAAAUGGCCCAGCCGCCCACAAACGAUAGCACAGAAACGGCCAACAAUGAUGAAGGUUCUAAUGCAGCACCCCAAAAUCCAGUGGUUAAAAUUAAACAGGAAAAAAUUGAUCUAGAAAUUGAAAAUAAGAUACAAUUGCUGAAACAGACUAUAAAAACCGAGCCGCCCGAUAAUAAUGACACCGAAACACAAGAUACCAAUGGCCAGGCAAAAAAUAAAGAUUCUCAAGAUGAAACCGAUGAUGAUGAGGAAGAUUCAAAUGAUUCGGACAGCAGCUCACAGGAAAAUGAUGAGCCAGAUAAUGGCGAUGACUUAGAGACUGGGGAAGAUGACAAGAAGAAUAUAGAACCCGUUAAAAGUUCCAAUGAAAUUUUAACUGAGCUAUUUCAAGUAUUCAAUGCAGCUCCACCCGAGGAACUGCUGGACGAUAAGAAUUUAAUUAAAAAGGCCAAGAAGCAAAAAAAGGAAAAGAAAAAGAAGCAUAAGAAACAAAAAGGAGAAGCCGGCGAGAAUGUGAUUGAUGAAGAGGGUGAAGUGUCAGGUGGAGAAAAACACAAACACAAAAAGUCCAAAAAGAAACACAAACAUAAACACAAGGAUGGAUCAAAAGAUAAGGACAAGGAUAAGGAAAAAGAUAAAACCAAGAGCAAAGAUAAAGAUAAAAUCAAGGAAAGAGCAAAGUCAAAAGAUAAAGAAAAGGAAAAACCAAAAAGUGAUAAACGAUCAUCUGAAUUGGAUAAAUCAAGAGAUAGAGCACGCAGUAAAGAUAGAGCUAGAAGUAAGGAUAGAGACAAAAAGUUAGUCGAAUCUGCGGAUAAGUACGACAAGUCAGCAAAAUCUUCAACAGAACGUAAAAGACAUUACGACAAGGAAGAUAAUAGAGCGGAAACCGCAAGCAAACGUAAAAGGAAAGAUGAAAAAGAUGGCAAGUCAAAUUCUUUUUAUAAUGGUUUUAAAGAGCGGGAGCACUCACGAGAACGAAGUGACAAGGAUAAGACUAAAAUUAAAACUGAGCCAAAAGAGAGAAAGUCACGUAGAUAUUCGGAAGAUGGACAAAUUUCAGACAUUUCAUUGUCCGAUGAGGAGACCUAUUUGAAAGAAAAGGAUACUCGUAGUAAUGACUACAGCAAGCGUAAAGUGCACAACAGCUUUUACGAUGGUGCCCAGCGUAGUCGCAGUCACGAUAAGGAUCGUUCCGAACGCAAUCGAGGUCAUAGUAAAGAUCGUUAUCGAGAUCGCGAUAGAGAUCGCGAUCGUGAUAGUUCUUAUCGUAACCGUGGAUUCUCCAGACAUUAUCAUUCACACUAUUCACGAUCACGUUCCCGCUCAAGAUCCCGAGAUUUGGGCAUAGACAAAAAACGUCUUUUGGAAAUUGCCCGCAAGAAUGCCAUUAGCAUGUUUAAGCGAGGUAAUUUGCCGGGCUGUGAUAAUUUGUCGCAAGAGAUCAAGGAUAAGGUGCUGCUUAAAAUGCGUUAUGGAGGCCGCACCGUCGAAGAUUUAACCGAAUUUUGCAAGAAAAUAUCGAAUGGAGAAAAUCUCUCUGAUCUAUCGUCCGAUGAAGAUUCGGACGUUGACAAGACAGGCAAUACUAAAGCUUUCCAUCAUCCCUUCCAGUUGAAAGAGCGCGAACCCAUAGUCAUGCAUAUACGCAACUCGAAACCCAUUCUACCGAUUUUAGCAAAAACCGAAGAACAAACUAAAGCCAUAACCAUGCAAUUCCCAGUUUCUUCGGGUCAACAUCAUCAUAUGACCGAACAUUGGGUACCCGUAGAGGCUAAGGAUAGUUUAGCGCCUUUGCCUGCUUUACCCACUGCUUCACAGUCUACUACGAUAUUUAAAAGUAAUUUACCUAAAAAUGCUUUAGGUAAACCUUUGCCCAUGGUAGAAGAACAGGAGCCGGCUUUUAAGGCGGUGCCGGCACCAAAUGGCGAAGCUAUCCCCGAGACACCUGCCAAUUUAACAACUGCUGAUGCUGCAGUUGCUGUAACAACACCAGUAGUACCUACACCUGUGGCCGCUCCAGUUUUACCCAAUUUGGCUGUUCCCCCUUCGCCCGCCUGUGUACCAGAUCCCGCAACGACUGCAAAUGCCAGCAUAGCUACACCAGCUACAGCAUCUUCUUUUGUGGCCGAUGUUCCAGUACCUUCCACAAACAGUUCUGUAUUUCCUCAAACAAGAUGUCCCUCAUUAGAUGUAUCAUCGAUUAUUUCCAAAAGACUUAAUGCCAUGAGAAGGUUACAGGACAAUCCAAUGGACUCGGAAGCCAUUAAAAUGAUGUACAAUUCCCAGAGGGAAAUGAGUUCAUGGGCUUCAUCUAAACAUUUACCCGGGCAAUUUACCGGCAGUACUGGCGUUAAUGUUCUCAAACCAAACGAACUAAAUUCUGGUCCUCAGGUGUGGGCACGCCGAGAUCAAUUAACCUCCACAAAGCCGGUAACGGGUGGCAUGGGUAUGCAUCUAUUGCAAAAAAUGGGCUGGAAACCAGGAGAGGGUUUGGGACGUGAAAAGAAUGGCUCACUGCAGCCCCUACUGCUCGAUGUGAAACUCGAUAAACGUGGCCUGGUAGCGCAAGAGGAUUUGAAUCGCAAAGGUAUGCCCGCUAAAAAACGCAGCGGUGGUUCCCAACACACACAAUUAGCUCAACAAAAUCUAGAAGAAAAACAUCCGGUUUGUCUACUCAAUGAAUUGACUUCGAAACGCAAAUGGACACCACCCCUAUAUACGCUGGUCAACGAAAAGGGACCGUCACACAGUAAAAUGUUUCUGUUUUCGGUACAGGUUAAUGGACAAACGUUUAUGCCCGACAAAGCUUGCAAUACGAAAAAAGAAGCAAAGAUGAUAGCAGCCAAACAUUGUCUACAGCAAAUAGGCAUAUUGCCAGCGUGUUAGCAUUAAAAAUUUAGACACACACACACCCCACUCACACGCAAGAAAAUUGAUUUUUAUUUUUUAUGUAAAUUUGGUAAUAAAUACUAUUUAACUUAAGCUACCGAGAAUAUCACUCCGCUGGCAAUAUGUAUGACUAAAAAAUACAAUUAAAAUGCUUUAAGACUUUUUUGUAUGUUAUUUGUAAAAUAUAUAGUUAUAUAUUUAAAUCAAUAGAGUUUUAUUUUAUCUCUUAAAAUUUUUAAGUUUAAUAUGUUUAAAUAAAAUGUAAAUAAACUACAUUUAAAUAAGUUUUUAAAGGA